AUGGCAGAGGCUGCUGGCACUGCCAUCGGGAUAAUAUCCUUUGGCCUUCAGUUAUACACCGGGUUGUCAGAAUACCUCGAUGCCGUCAAGGGACGAGAAGAAGACCUCCUGCAGGCCAAAAACAACGCAAGGACACUGCAAUGCUCCUUGAAGGCGAUCGAAGAUACAAUGAGUCAAAUCAACGGCAACGCAAUUGCCCAAGACGCAGUAGAGGAGUGUAAGAGCUCGUGUGAAUCUGAGCUCAAGGCCUUGCAUGAACUUCUUAACAACUUGCAGGGAAAGCCUAUCAACCAUUCAGACCCUGUUAGUAAAGCAAAAAGUUCAAUACAAAAAUGGAGUUAUCCCUUCAAGAAGAAGAACAUCGCCAGGCUUGAAGAACGGCUAAAGUCAGCAAACAAUGUCCUCAAAACUGCUUUAUCAGCUUUACAACUGGCCAUUUUGAACGACCAGUGCACAGCCAUCUUUUCGUUACAGCAGACGGUGGAGACCAUUAGAGCCCAAACUGAAAGCUCACCCAGAACGACAGAGUUUCCUAACUUUAACACAAAGAUUGAUGAGAUCCUCACCCAUCUGCGCAGUGCUGAGACUACACAAACGCAAGUCGCCCAGCUGGUGUCAUACCCAAAAGACUUGCAAAUACUUUGCGACGCUGUUUCAAAUGUGUCACUACGCUCAGAGCCGCGAUCUAUGCCGCCCAACCCACAUACGAUAAGAUCUAUCACGGCCCAGAGAGGGAGAGCACAUGAUUUAUGCAAUUGUGCCAAGCGUCAGAAUAUCCAGCGCAGCAGAGCCCGCUUGGGCUUAAUUUUCUUUGAGAGAGAGCUUAAGAGGACAUCUCACCACGCGCCCGAAUGCCCCUUAUCACAAGUCGUCACAUCAACCGAGCAGAAGCGUAACGCGGUUGGUAUUUCCAUUCCCAAUAUUUUGAACAUCUUGACAAGCGCUGUCGGUGUUUCAAUCUCUCUCACAACUGGUGCAGGCGGCUUUAGUCUGGCUCAAAACAUCACGUGGAGAUCAACGGUGGACGACAGUCUUUCCCCAGCCUUCAAGCUCGUCCGGGCUCUUUGUGAUCUACAGACAUGGAGAGAGCCAAGCUUGGGUAAGAAGGAAUACGAGAUGAUCGCAAAGUCAUGUGUGCGGCGACUCCAUUUAUGUUAUGCCAACCGCCAAGCGUCUCCGCUCGACAUGAACAGCAAUGGCGAAUCAGUUCUUGAUGUCCUAGCAUCAGGGAUGAACAGCUAUCUAAGCCUGGGGAAAGAAGCAGCAGAUGAUGUAGCCUUUGUUUUUCGGUCCCUCGCUGCUAUCGAGGUGCCUAUCACCUACGACCAAGGCGGAGACUUGCGCUUUCUGUCUGUUGUCCUAGAGAGUGCAUGGUUACUUAACACCAACACACUCCCCGAAACCAUAUCAGCACUUUUGUCUCGGUGCGGGGAGUCAACAAGACAUGACUAUACGAGCGUCAAUGGGUUUGACAAGUACCCAAAAAGACGUAGUAUACUCAAAGAGUUUCCCCAGAUUGCCCAAAGUCUCGGGUUCAAUCCACUGAGCAUCGCAGUUCUCAGAGAGGACGAAGAUGAUGUUCGUUUCCUAAUCAAAAGAUAUCCAUCGUUCAAAAUGGAAGUCAACUACUGUGGACAGUCACCCGUUCACAUAGCUGUCGUGGUCGGAAAUCUAGACAUACUGUCGCUCGUCAUCGGAAAUACUGACCCCGAAGCCAUCAACGUCAUGGACAGUAUGAAAAGAUACCCGAUCGAUUAUGCCGUCUCCCAUUUUCUUGGGAAACCCAAGGCAGAUGACCAGCACUCAUGUGUCAGUUGUAAGAUGGUGGAACUACUGCUCGAUUCAAAGGCAGUUCUAUAUGAGCCAUCCCUAGAACAGGGUCUUUGGGAAGCAUGUAAACGCACCAAAACAGCCAUUCUCCAACAUCUGGCACAGAGAAGGCACGAAUUGGAACAACUAGCUGUUUCAAACCUUCCUGCUGCUCAGGUAAAAGACCUUGGUCUAUGUAGAGGUUGGACCUUGGACCGAAAUGCGUUCAAGGUGCAAUGCUGUCUUACAGCUCAAUCCUACAGUGUACCAAGCUAUUUGAAGGUGCACUGUGACAAACAAUCGGUAGCGUCGCAGGAGACGCCAAAGUCCGUGUAUACUUAUAUACUUGACAGGGAGACCGCUGAGUAUGCCUUUUCAUUAGGCUUCGACAGGGAGACUGCUUUUAUUGACGUUUUUCGUCGCGUAAUAAAGAACGUCAUCCAAAGAGGCUCCCUUGGUUGGCCCUCUCCCUGGUACAUUGACUGGAUACUCGAAUGUGGCGCAGACCUUACAUCGACUGUACCAGUGGAUUUCGUGCCUGGGGUCAUUGAUGGAGCGACAUGGGCUCAUUAUCUCAUGUCAGUUUUGGGCUACAAGGCAAGAAUUUGGCCUUAUAGACUUUACGACAAUGCUUUGCCGCAGUCAGUUGCAGACGACGCCUUUUCCGAGGUCCUAGGCGAUGAUUGUCGAUGCCACUGCUCCUCACAGGGUUGCACACCUCUCAUUAAGUUUUUGGAAGGCCUUGGAUGUCGCCGUCGCUUCCCUCGAACCUGGUUCACUCUGACAGAAGGAAUCAGGUCCUUUGUGGCUAGCAUCCAAGCUCUAAUUGCCGGAGAACAUACUGCACAGAACUGGAUGCCUCGUGCAGUCUUACGCUACGCGACAUUUUCUGCAUUAGGACUCCGUCAUACGUGCUGUAAACAUUCACAUGGUGGGUUAUGCUCUAUUAUGGAUUCAGAUGAGAUUGAUGAGAUACAUGAGGAGGACUCGGCCACGCUACAGAAGUUAGAAGACCUUGUUACAUACUUCGGGGAUGGCUAUGGAAGCAUGGCCACGCUGGAUGUAUUUUUAAAGGACGUUUGGCUUCUAAAGAUGAAAGAGGUGUAUCAAGAGAUGGCUUCCUAUCGUAUCACUGAAGAGCAGCUCAAGAAGGCAGAAGAUUUCGGUGUGAAGCUAGCCAUUGCCGAUAGCAAACCUGCCCUCGGGUGUGAACCACCUCCAGGUUCAUAUUUCAGCAUAAAAGUGGAUGUCGACGAGCCGGAAGGUCAUCCUGAUAUUAUACCAAUUGGUUUGGGUGGGUGGAUGAAACGAUUCGACGAAAUCGCGAUAGAUCCAGACAGGCCUGUAUUCGUCACUGCUGCGUCCUCGAACACUACUGCUGUGACUCAGACCAGUGUCUCGCCCGUCACAUAG